UUUUUAUUUAAUUUUACUAUUCCAAUCAAAAAUGAAUUCAAAAUCUGAUUGGCUUCAAAAAAUUGGGGAAUAUCAGAAUAAAUUAGAGGAAUAUCAAAAAGUAGUAUUUAGUGAAGAAAAGUUGUGGUUUUUUGGACAGAAAUAUUUUGAACGUCCAAAUUAUCAUUGGGGGAAUUAUGUAGCAUUUAAUGGUUCUCAUUCUGAUUAUUUCGACACAAUUACAAAUACUUGGGGAGGUCCAAAACAAUUAGAAGCAAUUUCUUCUAAACAACAUUUUGGGGAAUUAAUUUUUGUUUCUGACUCGGAAAUUUUUCUUUUAUUAUUUUCUCAUUUUGGGGCAAUGUGUUUUUAUUCAUUACAUCAAUUCAAUAAAAAUAAAAGAUGUUGGGAAUUAUUUUUUGAAUUUGAAGAGAAUAAUAAUUUUGUUCCUUCUGAUGAAAGUUACAGAAAUGAUUUAAUAUUAGCUGGAGAAUUAAAAGAAAAUGGAAAUAAACAUUUAUAUUUUGUUUCAUAUGAAAAUCAUAAUAUAAAUAUUUAUUUAUUAAAAAUAAAAAAGAAUAGAGAGAUUGAAUGUCAAAAUAUUCCUAUAAUUUUACCGGCAAAUUAUUUUCAAGGAUUUCAACCAACACAUUCAAUAUUAUUUUCUGAUAAAUUAAUUUAUGUACAAGGAGGGAUUUUAUGUUGUGGAUUUCGUUGGGAACCAAAUUGGCUAUUGAAAUUGUCUUUGGAAGAAGGAAAAAUGUCUGAAUUAAUUAAAUUUGAAAGUACUAAUCACCCUGAAUUUAAUUAUUCUGGCUCUUUAGCCAAUGCUUUUAUUGCAAACAAAAAUGUUUGGAUUCAUUUUGCUGGGACUAAACAAUUUGGAUUGAAUAAAGGAAUUUUUAAUGGGGAAAUAUGGAUUUUAGAUUUAAAUGACAACAAUCACCCAAACUGGAAAAUGUUGGAAAACAAAAAAUUACCCAAAACAAUGCCUGGAAGUACAGCAAUAAUUUAUGUUAAACAAUUAGAUAAAUUAUUUUUAAUUGAUGAAGAGAAAAGAAUUUUUAAGUCGAUAAAACCUUUACUUUGA